UGACACUUGAAGGAUGACUCUUUGUAUCUCGAAAGGAAAGACUACAAUCCAAUUGUAGCGGAAGUUAAAUGUAACCUCCAAUAACUUAUGAACUUCAUCUUAACGAGGGAAACUGUGGUGGUGAGCACAGUGUUAAAGGGAGGUUGAAGGAGGAGCAGGAGCAUCUGUUUCACCUACUGUACACAGUCAUUAUCUUCAGUCUGGGUCUCCAUGGCAGGAGGAGAGUCAACCUUGAAUGAAUCCCCAACAUAGUCUUGUGCAGUAUACUGAGAGACAAUAAGAGAGUGAUGCAACAGUUGUAGUGGUGUGGCUGUGUGUUGGUAACAGGUACAGUUUGCACUCUGUAUUUGACAAGUUUGGCAAACAUUCAUCUUUUUAUGGUAAACACAAUUUUUCCAAGUGAAUAUAAGCAACUUGCCCUCACAUCAUGACAUCGGAGUUACAAUGUACUGUAUGUAUAGUAUUACUUAGUGUUAAAUAAUUUGUUUGCUUUUCACUGCUAACAGGUAUUGUAUAUUGCACAGUAUGUAGUUGGUGGUAUUGACAGUCAAACAUAAAAAGUAUCUCUCUUAUCCUGUGUCACAUUAAGCAUCUGUCCAUCAAAGUGAGACAUGGAAGUUUACUCAGAGGAGCAGUCACUUCGCUGUACAGAAUGUUUUAAAAUAUUCUCCAAAAACUCUGAUCUAGUAAAGCAUAUAAGGAUUCAUACAGGAGAGAAGCCAUAUCAUUGUUCAGAAUGCCCUAAAAAAUUUGGACAAAAAUCACAUUUAGUGGUGCACCAGAAACUUCACAAAGGAGAGAAACCUUUUCAAUGUGACAUUUGUCUCAAAAGCUUUUCACGUAAAUACCAUUUAAAAUUACAUAUGAAAAUUCAUACUGGAGAGAAGACAUUUCACUGCUCUGUUUGUCUUAAAAGCUUUUCAAGAAAAUGUAACCUAGAAGUGCAUCUGAAAAUUCACACUGGAGAGAAGCCAUAUCAGUGCUCAUACUGUAGUAAAAGAUUUUUACAGAAGUGUGCAUUAACUGUUCAUGAAAGAGUUCACACGGAAGAGAAGCCAUUUGCUUGCAAAGUUUGUCUUAAACGUUAUGCUCAAAAACCUAAUCUAGAAAAUCAUAUAAAACUUCAUCACUGUGUAGAUGGCUCUAAAACACUUAAAGAAAAAGACUCUUCAGUAACACACAAGAAAACUCACACAAGAGAGAGGCCAUAUCAGUGUAGAGUUUGUCUUGGGCCCCUACCACAUAAAGCUACUGUAGGUAAGCGUCAGAAAAUAAUUAGAAGAAAGAAGUCACCUUGUGUGAAAUGUCUUGGAAGAUUGAAAGAAAAGCCCUCUUUAGUAAAACACAGGAAAGUUGUUACUGAAGAGAAGCCACUUCAGUGUUCAGUAUGUCUCAAAGACUUUUCACACAAGUUUAUUCUGGUAAACCCUGUUGGAGCUGACAAGAAAAAGGAAGUAUUUUACUGUCUGGUCUGUCUUGAAACUUUUCCUCAAAAAGCUGCUCUAGGAUUACACAUGAAAAUUCAUAUAGGAGAGAAGCCAUUUCUGUGUGCAGAGUGUCUUAAAGGCAGCCCAUAACGUUGGUAAAGUAAAACAUACAAGUUCGUACAGUAGAGAAGCCAUGUUAAUUGUGUUAUUUUGAGACUUGAAACACCUUGAAAGACACAUCAUUUUAUUGCUAAGUAUGUUUGAAGUAACGCACAUUAUAUUUACUCAAGGAAAAAAAAAAGAUGCAGGUAAAAGAUCUUAGAGAAAAACUUGUUGGCAGGUACACUAGAACCAUGAAACCAUUUAUGAGGGCGUUUGAAAUGCCCAUCGUCUUAGAAAGAGAAAAUGCCAAAAAUUUAACCGCUAUUUUGGAUGUCCCACCAGCUGUGCUCUUAAUGUAAACAGUCGUCAGUUGAUGUGGUUACAGUUCAUGCCACAUAGACGUUUUGAAAAUAGACGAUUGAUGAUACAACCUAACUUGACCUAACCUACUGUAAUCAUCUAAGUGGAAUGGCAGAAAUCGCAUAUAACAGAUGAUCGUCCAGAUGGGGAUAUAGCAGUCUAUGUGGGAUAACACUGCUCAUGUAGUCAGACCAUAAAUUACUUUUACCUCUUCAGUGUCAAACAAUGACAAAUAGAUGAAAGAUACCAUACAAAGUUUUCACAUCUGGGUUGACAUAGGUAGCCUUGCUUUCCUUAUGUGGGAUAAUGUGGAGCUACCUGCGACACUAUUCCACUCACUUGUCAUAAUGCAGUUUUAUUUUCUGUGCAAUUCUAUGUUUUGAAAUCUGUUUAAAAUAUUUUGAAAACCACUGAUGGAAAUAACGUCGCAAUCACGCUUACCAACCGCAUCAAGACGACAGGAGAGGUAAUGUUCACUUUAAAAUCCAUAGCAUCCAGAGGUAAAAGUUAUUUAUGGUCUGACUGUACAGUCAUAUGUAACUGAUCAUUCACAAAUUGCUUACUUGUAGUUUGUAAAAUGUUUCCAAGUUAAAUAUUCUAACACAAGAUGCGGUUAAAGUAAAGGACAGAACAUGCAGUAUAUUCCUACACAGUUGUAUAGUCUUAAGUUAUUGAAGUGUGUGCCAAUUUCUGCUGCCUGUAGACACCUGUCUUACAUAAUCAAAUUUGAAUAAAUUUUACACGUUGUA